GGUGGGCGGAGCGACUGUCUGCACACUGUUGUGCAAGUGGGUACAUCAUCAGGAGGAGCUGCUGCGCUCGAGACGCACACGGGAAUCCACACGGAUAUUCUCACAACCCAUUACAUCUGCUGUAGAUCAUCCAGAGGAGCGGGGUGUGCGUUUAACAACCUGUCUGUUAUUCCACAGCUAAACAACAGGAAGAAAGAACACUGGAAAGCCAAUGAUGUAUAGCAGCUUAUAUGCAUCCCAUUUUUAUAACUAAUUAAUUUUCUAUUCAAGGAUGGAAAUCAAAUAGAGGGGGAUUUUCUGAAGUUUUGCAGAAGCUGCCACUGGAUUGCAUGGGAUAACGUUUUGAAAAAACAUUGCAACGAGACGGCAUCGAAAUCUCUCGUGUGUGGAUUUGAAAAAAAGUCAGAGCUCUUUGAGGCGGAGGAUGGAUGAGCAGAGUCAUCUGAUGCAGACCCUGGUCGGUGUGACCCUCAGCGGACACCCGGUGGCUUUACCGGUGCCUCAUGACGGAACCGACGCGAGAAACAAGCAGGACAUCGGAGACAUUCUGCAUCAGAUCAUGACCAUCACCGACCAGAGCCUGGACGAGGCUCAGGCAAAAAAGCACGGGCUGAAUUGUCACAGAAUGAAAGCGGCUCUGUUCAGCGUGCUCUGUGAAAUCAAAGAGAAAACAGGUCUCAGUAUCCGUGGCAGUCAUGAUGAAGAUCCUCCGGAUCCUCAGCUCAUGCGUCUGGAUAACAUGCUGCUGGCAGAGGGCGUGUCCGGACCGGAAAAAGGGGGCGGGGCAUCGGCAGUUGCUGCAGCAACAGCAGCAGUGGGUGUGGGAUCUGAUAACUCCAUCGAGCACUCGGACUACAGAGCCAAACUCAGCCAGAUCAGACAGAUCUACCACACCGAGCUGGAGAAAUACGAGCAGGCGUGUAAUGAGUUCACUACCCAUGUGAUGAACCUGUUGAGGGAACAGUCUCGCACGCGGCCCAUCUCACCCAAAGAGAUCGAGCGCAUGGUGAACAUCAUCCACAACAAAUUCAGCUCCAUCCAGAUGCAGCUCAAGCAGAGCACCUGCGAGGCAGUCAUGAUCCUCAGGUCUCGCUUUCUUGAUGCCAGGAGAAAAAGGCGCAACUUCAGCAAGCAGGCGACAGAGAUUCUGAACGAGUACUUCUACUCUCACCUCAGUAACCCGUAUCCCAGCGAAGAGGCCAAAGAGGAGCUGGCCAAAAAAUGUGCUAUCACUCUGUCACAGGGGAAGGGAAGCACCAUCACUGUGUCACAGGUUUCUAACUGGUUUGGUAAUAAACGUAUUCGCUAUAAGAAGAACAUCGGUAAAUUCCAGGAAGAGGCCAAUCUGUACGCAGCGAAGACGGCAGUGACGGCGACUCAAGCCGUAGCGGCCGCUAUACACAACAGCCAGACCAACUCGCCCGCAACACCCAGCUCUGGCUUUCAGAUGAAAGAUGAAGACUUUCAAUUGGAUGCAGCAGAAGAUAAAACUAAUCUGUUAAACAACAUGUUCACGGGUUCUUCGGGUUCGUAUAGUUUGCCAGGUUCAGGAGACAUUUUUAUGAGCAUGUCCGGCCUGAAUGGAUCCUACCAGCCAACCCAGCUCCCCAACACAGGACAGACACAGGGAGACUCCAUAUGUCACACCAUCGGUCAGUCGUUGGGUUACAGCGACGGUCUGCGGGGAAACCCGCUUUACAGCCCACAUGGCUUGAAUGGUAACGGUGGCUGGCAUGAUGCUGUGACUCCGUCUUCUAUGACAUCUCCUAUAGAGGGAGCAAACAGCAUCCACUCGGAUACCUCUAACUGACCAGGCCUGCCGUCUGAAGUCCCUUAACUAACCCGCAGGACAUCCAACACCACCCAACAAAAUCUCAGACGAGAACUCAGAGAGAUGAGCAAGAAAACGAAACAGACUCAAAAAC